AUGGAAUUUAAAUAUAUUGUUAUAAUCGAAUAAUCAAUAAAUACUUCAAGUAUAAAUAAUCAAUUAAUUUUAUAGGACUAGAAGUUAGGUUUAUGAAGGACAAUUAGUUUAUUUUUGUUACUAGUAUUAAAGAAAUUGAUAAAAUAUUUAUAUUUGAAUUGACGGAAGGUGUUUUUGAAGAGAAUCAACAAAAGAUGAUACAAUUGAAUUAAAAUAAGCAGAAUUAUUAUAUGUGGUUUUCCCAAUAAUUUAAAAUAAAUAAAGGAAUUUGA